CGUCGGGCGGAAGUGACGGUCGUAACGCGCAUUUACGAAACGGUUGUGUUCCGUAUCGCCGCGUCGCAACCGCCGAACACGUGAUCGGGGGUCAAGUUAGGGCGGAGAAGGUCAAAGUUUGCGAUUUGCAGCAGCGUUUUACAGCAGGAUGCCGCUGUGCACGUUCCACACCAAUCUGCCGAAGGAGAGGAUUCCCCACGAUCUCCACAAGCAAAUUUCCGAUCUGAUCAGCAAGAUCCUGGACAAACCCGAAGCGAAAGUGACCGUGAUAGUCCACCCGGACACUCAGAUGUGUAGAGGAGGAAGUGACGAUCCUACCUGCAUGUUGGAAAUUUGGUCCAUCGGAGUGUUUUCCGCGGAAAAGAAUCCCAAAUACUCCGGACCCAUCUACCAGUUCAUCAAGGAAAAAUUAGAGAUAGCCGAAGACAAAAUAGUGAUCGUGUAUCACGAUCUAAAGGCCGAGGAGCUAGCAAAACCCAACUAGUGCCAACUCUCUGCGGGACGAAUGCAGAUUUUUACUCUUUACAGAGUUAUAAAUAAUAUAAGAAAAUUUCCAUUUGUACAAAUUGUUAGAUUGUUUAAAAAUGCAUUAUUCUAUAUAAAAUGUUGAUUUUAAAAAGUAUCUAUGUACAAUUAAAAUAAUAUUUAUGAA